GGUCCAACUUGAAGAAACAUUGCCAGGUAGAGGGAGCUAGUGAAGUCGAGCUUUACUUGGGGGAGUCCGCACCGCAGCUCCACCUCCGCCCGCCCCCUUUCCCUUAAAGGAAAACAAAAGAAAGGAAACCAGCUACCAACCCCCAAACCCUCCGUCCCAUUUAUUCUCUUCGCACUGAUCGCCCAUUUGGCGGAUUCCCCGACGCAGCCCCCCGCUAUAGUUAGCAGCAGUCCCACCCCCCCAAUUCAAACCUCCCUCUUCCCGACCAACCAACCCAAGAAAUGGCGUUCGCGGCCAGCCCGGCAGCCACCACCACCACCAUUCUCAACACCUCCUUCUUCACCUCCAAACCCAGCUCUUCCUCUUCCCUCCCCAUCAAGACCCGGCCCUUCUACGUCCGCAACUCCGUCACCGCCGUCGCCCCCGCCGCCAAGGUCGCCCAGGACUGCCAGGUCAAGUCCGUCAAGGCCAGGCAGAUCAUCGACAGCCGUGGCAACCCCACCGUCGAGGUCGAUCUCUUCACCGGCGACGGCCACCUCUUCCGAUCCGCCGUCCCCAGCGGCGCCUCCACCGGGAUCUACGAGGCUCUCGAGCUUCGCGACGGGGACAAGUCCGUCUACGCCGGUAAAGGCGUCCUCACUGCUGUUGCCAACAUUAAUGAUAUUCUCGGCCCUAAGCUCGUCGGCGUUGAUGUUAGAAGUCAAGCGGAUGUAGAUGCUCUGAUGCUGGAGAUUGAUGGAACCCCAAACAAGUCGCAACUUGGGGCCAACGCCAUACUGGGAGUCUCCCUCAGUGUGUGCAGAGCUGGGGCAGGUGCCAAGAGAGUGCCAUUGUACAAGCACAUCCAGGAAUUGGCAGGGACGAAAGAGCUGGUUAUGCCCGUCCCGGCUUUCAAUGUCAUCAAUGGAGGCAGCCAUGCUGGAAAUGCACUAGCUAUGCAGGAGUUCAUGAUUUUGCCUGUUGGGGCUGGUUCUUUCGCCGAGGCCCUCCGUAUGGGCAGUGAAGUUUACCAUACACUCAAGGGGAUUAUCAAAUCGAAGUAUGGACAGGAUGCUUGCAAUGUUGGUGAUGAAGGUGGGUUUGCUCCUAAUGUACAAGACAAUAGGGAAGGGCUGGUGCUUCUCAUGGAUGCUAUUGACAAGGCUGGUUAUACAGGAAAGAUCAAAAUAGGAAUGGAUGUUGCUGCUUCAGAAUUUUUUACCAAGGAUGGAAGAUACGACUUGAACUUCAAGAACCAACCGAAUGAUGGAGCUCACGUGCUUGCAGCUCAGAGCCUUGGAGAUCUUUACAGGGAAUUUAUCAAGGAUUUCCCUAUUGUCUCCAUUGAAGAUCCAUUUGACCAGGAUGACUGGAGCUCUUGGGCGUCUCUGCAGUCUUCUGUGGAUAUCCAACUUGUGGGAGAUGAUUUGUUGGUCACAAAUCCCACUAGAAUAGCUGAAGCUAUUGGCAAGAAGUCCUGCAAUGGUUUGCUUCUCAAGGUGAACCAGAUUGGCACGGUGACAGAAUCCAUUAAAGCUGCACUUGACUCGAAAGCUGCAGGAUGGGGAGUGAUGGUUAGCCACCGAAGUGGUGAAACUGAAGAUAAUUUCAUUGCAGAUCUUUCUGUUGGACUGGCCAGUGGACAGAUUAAAACUGGAGCUCCUUGCAGAAGUGAGCGAUUGUCCAAAUACAAUCAGCUGCUGCGGAUUGAAGAGGAACUAGGAAAUGUGCGCUAUGCUGGCGAAGCCUUCCGAUCCCCAUAGGAGAAGAGAAGGGAAAGGUGGAAUGAAAUGAAACAUAAUUUGAGUUAAAUUGGUGAAGUGGGAGUCGAGGUACAUGGCAAAGCAGCAGAAAGAGUCGCGUAAUUAGGCACUAAAAAUUUCAAUUUUUGUACUUUCGUUGUUACCUAAUUGAUUACAGAUGAACAGGCGCUUGGUUGUUAACAAUAAAGUUUGCAUUUACAUGGAUUUGGUGUUCAACAUCCAUGGCACUGGCAAAGCUACGCCCUAUUGUAUUGCUGGCUGGGAUUAUCUCUCGUCCCUCCAUUUCUGAGUGAAUUAAAAGAAAGCUGGUUUGCUUGUGUUAGAUAGUCAUUAAUUGAGGGGGUUUAUUUGUUAUUUGGACGUUUUAUGUUAUGUCGGCUAUUUCGGGAAUUAUUGGGGUUAAUUCGGUUAGGUUAAGUCUUUGGGUAGUUAUAGGGAAUUAGUCGGUUUAUAUAUAUUCUGUGUUAGGCCUAGGUUAAGGUUAAGCAAUAACAACAGAAUUAUUCC